AUGAGAUCGGGGCAGGGCAUUGAGAGAGGGCAUACAGGGAGGCCAUAGCAGCCAUGUAAUGCAAGACACCAUCUCGUUCACACUGAGAAUACCAUCAGAACCCAGCAGAAGAAGAAAAAAGGAGAAAAUGGACAAAGUGCUCCACCUGAUGAUCCAAACCCUGUACUGAUCAGUUCAAGCUACAGCCUCUUUGCCAGAACUCCAGAGGAUGAGGAUGAUAUGACCUGUUUCAAGUGUUAUCAGAGGGAAUGCCUCAACCGGGACAGCAUCGCCAUAAGAAAUGACAACGAGAGACGUGCAACUAUUCUGACUCAUCUGAUACCUGAAGUUGACGGUGCCUACAUUUCCAUUUGCCUCUAAGAUGAAUUGCAUAAGAGCUGCACAACCAGCCGAGGAAAGGUGUGAAAAACAACAGGAACACGAUCUGAAGCUUUUGUAAAUGAUGAUGGAAGAUGAAAAGAUUACAGUGACAGUGGAGGACCUUGACUGGUCUGAUUUCUAUGAAAACUAUAACUAUUCAGACUCGAAUGGCGCUUAUGAAGGGGGUGAUAUUUGCGACCUGACUGAGACUGUGAAUUUUGAAGCUGUGUUCAUACCAGUUCUGUACUCUGUGGUGUUUGUUGUUGGUCUACUUGGGAACGGAUUGCUGUUGGGAAUACUGGCUCGGAGUAGAAAGACCUGGAGCGUAACAGAUACCUUCAUCCUCCAUCUGGGAGUGGCAGAUAUCCUGAUGCUGGUGACGCUGCCCAUCUGGGCAGUACAGUAUGCCCAAAGUGAUGGAUGGACUUUUGGUACUCCCCUGUGCAAGAUCAGUGGAAGUGUUUUUACAAUUAACUUCUACAGUGGGAUCCUUCUCCUGGCCUGCAUCAGUCUGGACCGCUACCUGUCCAUCGUCCAUGCUACACAGAUGUACUCAAGGAAGAAGCCUUGGGUUGCCCAGGCCAGCUGCCUGAUGAUGUGGUGCUUUUCACUGCUUCUCUCCAUCAUUGACUGGAUCUUUUUAGAAGAAAUGUUUGAUGAUAGACGAGGCAGAAGAGAGUGUGUUCAUAACUAUCGUAAAUUUGAUGCAAACGCAGAAGACUCUUGGAGGUUGGCAUCACACAUGAUUUAUCUCAUAGUGGGCUUUGUACUUCCUUCCGGUGUCAUGAUUUUCUGCUACUCCCGCAUCCUGGAUCAGCUGAGGUGUGGUGCCCAGAGCCUUCAAAAGCAGAGAGCUUUUAAAGUUAUUGUGGCUGUGGUGGUGGUUUUCUUUAUCUGCUGGGCACCUUACAACUUCACACUCUUAGUGGAAACAAUUCAUUUUGACAACAAAACAGAAACUUAUUCAGGCACAACAUCUCUGGAGAAAGCAAAGACAGUGACCACCUGUAUGGGUAUCAUUCACUGCUGCCUCAAUCCCAUCCUGUAUGCUUUUGUGGGUGUGAAGUUCCGCCGUCAGCUCAUGAGCAUCCUCAGGUCUCUGGGCUGCAAAGUGGCAAGUGCAAAAAUCCAGUCUUUUGUCAGCAACAGGAGAAGCUCCAUGUGGUCCGAGUCUGCCGACACUUCCCACUCGCUUGCUAUCUGAGAAAGACAAAACCAGGGAAAUACAUAAACAUCAGAAUGUACAGUGUGCUUUUGUAUAUUGUUGUGUUAGAUAACAUGUAGGCAGUGUUUUUGUUGUUGUUGUUGUUGUUGUUGUUGUUGUUGUUAUUAUUUUCCA